GAGGACAAUCCCAGAUCCCAGUCAAGCAUCCAUUACACUGGCUAAGCUCCAGAAUCCCGUCAAAUCGUCUUUUGAUUCCAUCAACGAUAGUCUAAAAGAAACACACAGUGGUCUCAACAAAUACUCCAAAUCGUUAGAUAAGGUAGCACGCGUCAGUCUCUUACGGUGAAUGGCAUAUGUUAACUACUUCACUGUCGCAGCUAUUCAAAGAUCGGCCUUUGCCGAGCACCGAGCAUGAUGUCCUUUCGUCCCAAGAACACCUUAUCAACAGGGCCAUCGCCAUGCACCUUCUCCGAGAAGGACAGUUUUCCGUUGCGUCGGAGUUCCUGAACGAAAUGGCACAAAAGAAAGCGAUGAAAAAGCAGCAAGAAGGAGAUAUAGAGGCUAUAGACAAUGCGGCCUCGCUCUUAGAUCUCGAUGAAGUUCCGCCGGGUGAGGUGCGGCAACAGUUCCACACCAUGUACCACAUCCUUCAUGAGCUGAAGGAAAACAACAACCUGCUGCCGGCAAUACAGUGGUCCAGGGAGAAUAAGGAGGCCUUGGAAGCGAGAGGUAGUAACCUUGAGUUCGAAUUGUGCAGGCUGCAAUUCGUCUGGCUUUUCUACGGCGGACAGCAUCAGCAAGGACCCAGUCCGGGUGGACGGCAGGCAGCUUUGGAAUAUGGCAGGCGUGAAUUCCACACGUUCUUGCCCAGGUAUCUGCGCGAGGUCCAGCAGCUCAUGGGUGCCAUGGCCUUUUGCCCCAAUCUGCGAGACUCCCCGUACAAUCAUAUUUUCAAUAACCCGUCGGCAUGGUCCGAUGUGGCACACUCAUUCACGCGAGAGUUUUGCUCGCUCCUCGGCUUGUCGGCAGAUUCGCCCCUAUAUGUUGCUGCUACGGCUGGUGCGAUAGCGUUGCCGACACUGUUGAAGUUGCAGACUAUCAUGAAAGCCAAACGCACCGAGUGGACCACGGAGAAUGAGCUCCCGGUAAGUUACCUUGAUUGGCAUGCAUGACGGUUCGUGGACUGACUGGUACGCCUUAUAGGUUGAGAUACCGCUACCGCCGUCAUAUCUCUUCCAUUCUAUUUUUGUGUGUCCCGUGUCAAAGGAGCAAACCACGGAUGAGAAUCCCCCAAUGAUGAUGCCCUGUGGGCAUGUUAUCGCGGAGGAGUCACUCAAACGGUUGUGCAAGGGUAGCCGGUUCAAGUGCCCUUACUGCCCGAGUGAGAGUCAUCCUCGGGAGGCGCGAAAGGUAUUCCUCUAGUUGAACCGACAGGGUCAGUUCAGCGG